AUCAGCAAGGCUUUGCAACAGCAUUCUGAGGCUAUCCGAAAUGCAAUCAAUCGUUACAAUAUCCAGGCAGUCGCUCUAAACCCCCCACAUCCGAAGAUUUUAUGGAAAGAUAUUGCUGACUACAGUUUUCUUGGCGAGUUUGAUCUUUUACGCCAUUUGCGCACUGAUAUUCGGACCAACGAUUGGGCAAAACCAGCCCAUCGCAAAGCAACUACUAAGUAUUUCAAAUUAUGUCGAGCUCAUAAAGAAGUUACGCGACUUAACGUUGAAAUUCGCCGCUUACGCACUGCCAUUCACACUGAAGAAAUUCAAACAACUGCCAUCAUACAGGAUCUACUCAUUUCAGAUCAAAGGCUUGCUUGCGAGCUGCAGCACCAUUGGCGUUCGCGUGCCGCUAUCAAUGCAGUA